CUGCGCCGUCUCCCUUUCCCUUCUACCUUCCAGAUAUUACUCCCUCGUGGAAAGUCGGAGGAAGCUUUACACGCGCAGGCGAGUCAGUCCACAGACGGAACUCGCCAUUACCAGGACACCCAACAGGCGAAGGCCUCUCUACGUCCUCCGUGUAGCGCACUAUGGCAUUCGUCCGCAAGCUCAUCACUUAACGGUGAGCACACAUCGACUCCGGAUUGUCAAAUACUGGAAGAGCCGAUAGUCUAUUUUCGACUCCGAUUUUACGUUCCGAUUCACUGUUUGAGGGAUCGAUCCACACAACAUGCCUACUAUUGCCAGUUGAGAACGAACGUACAAAUUUACGAACUAUUUUGUCCCGUCGAUUUGUAUGUGGAAUUGGCUGCACUCGCCUUGCAAGCAGAUCUCGGUAACGCUCCACCCCUAUGCGCGCUUGCUCUGCAACAGGGCCACGAGACGUUACCAGUGUAUUUUGACCUGUCCGCUUAUUUUCCGGCAAAGAUCUUGGUCGAGGUGGAUCUUCCCACCCUGGUCCGUUCAACGCUCAUCCGACACGUAGCGUUGAAUGGUAUGACAUCACACGUUGCCGAAUUUUGGUACAUUCGAAUAGCCUCGAAAAAAGGCUCAAAUUUCAAUAUGCAUUUGUACAGUUUACCUCGACUACAGCAACCUCGAUUUGCAGUCUGGUUAGGUGUUACCCCGGACGGUCUGUUAAUUCAUCAGCAAGAAGCAGACGGAUGGAUUCGCCCGACUGUGCCAAUUCGUUGGAAGGAAAUUGAACGAAUCGCGCAUAAGGCAAGUAAAUUAUCUAGCCACAGUAAAAAGUGA